AAUCUGCAAAUUCAAAUAUUCAAGAAGGCUCAAAGAGCCAUGACCCUUUAGGGGAGACAGAGUCUCGGAUCUUCGAUCCAUCGCCCCUUCGGGCCUGCUCCGCAAUAAUAACUUAUGAGAAUAUACUGCUUGCUCAUAAAGACGCACUUGAAAAUCUUAAUAUUACGCUUUGCAGAGAAUGCUUCCAUCCAAUAAAAGCGGAUGAGGGAGAAUAUUGUGAUAGUUGUCAGCCUGAAUAA